AUGGUGAGUGCUUUAUCCUUUUUGGCAAGAGAUUAUCGUCGUUUUCUUGAAAAACUCCGAAACUUCGCCGAAAUGUUUAGGCCCAGUUUUGAAAUUUUGUGAAAGUUGUUUUUUUUUAAAUCUAUCGAGUCGAAUGGUUUUUCAAAUUGUUGAUCCAGGUUUUUAAUGUUAUAAGAAGCCUGAUCUAAACUAUUUGAAACAGUUGGUUUCUUUCAUCAUAGUUGGGCAAAAUUUCGCAAGAAUGGGUUGCCUGCAAGUUGAAACUCAAAAAUGUAUAAUAUCUUGAUCAAAAAAAAAAAUGUAUUGUUCAGGUCAACUUCACGAUCGAUGAGAUCCGUGCGCUCAUGGAUCGCAAGCGCAACAUCCGUAACAUGUCCGUCAUCGCUCACGUCGAUCACGGAAAGUCUACCCUCACCGACUCCCUGGUUUCCAAGGCUGGUAUUAUUGCCGGAGCUAAGGCCGGAGAAACUCGUUUCACCGAUACUCGUAAGGACGAGCAGGAGCGUUGUAUCACCAUCAAGUCUACGUAAGUUUGAUUGACAUGGGGAACUACGAAAUCCUAUCUUUUUCAGUGCUAUCUCCAUGUUCUUUGAGCUCGAGAAGAAGGAUAUGGACUUCGUCAAGGGAGAGUUCCAGGUUGAGACCGUCGAAGUGGACGGAAAGAAGGAGAAGUUCAACGGCUUCUUAAUCAACUUGAUCGAUUCUCCCGGACACGUUGACUUCUCGUCGGAAGUCACUGCUGCUCUCCGUGUUACUGACGGAGCUCUCGUCGUCGUCGAUUGCGUCUCUGGAGUAUGUGUCCAGACCGAGACUGUGCUUCGCCAAGCCAUCGCUGAGCGUAUCAAGCCAGUUCUUUUCAUGAACAAGAUGGACCGUGCUCUCCUCGAGCUUCAGCUCGGAGCCGAAGAACUCUUCCAGACCUUCCAAGUGAGGUUUUGUGGCAUUGGGCGUUCGCUCAUUAAUCUCCUUUCAGCGUAUCGUUGAGAACAUCAACGUUAUCAUUGCCACCUACGGAGAUGACGAUGGUCCGAUGGGAGCUAUCCAAGUCGACCCAUCCAUCGGAAACGUUGGAUUCGGAUCUGGACUCCACGGAUGGGCUUUCACCCUCAAGCAAUUCUCUGAGAUGUACGCCGAGAAGUUCGGAGUUCAGGUAUUGUUUUUAUGGGUUUCAAAUUGUAAACAAAUUGUUCUUAUUGCAGGUUGACAAGCUCAUGAAGAACCUCUGGGGAGAUCGUUUCUUUGACCUCAAGUCGAAGAAGUGGAGCAGCACCCAAGGAGAUGGAAGCAAGCGUGGAUUCAACCAAUUCGUUCUUGACCCUAUCUUCAUGGUGUUCGAUGCCAUCAUGAACAUCAAGAAGGACAAGACCGCCGCUCUUGUCGAGAAGCUCGGAAUCAAGCUCGCCCACGACGAGAAGGACUUGGAAGGAAAGGCUCUCAUGAAGGUCUUCAUGCGUAGAUGGCUCCCAGCCGGAGACACUAUGCUCCAGAUGAUCACCUUCCAUCUUCCAUCCCCUGUGACUGCUCAACGCUACAGAAUGGAGAUGCUCUACGAGGGACCACAUGACGACGAGGCAGCCGUUGCUAUCAAGAACUGCGACGCUAACGGACCACUCAUGAUGUACGUCUCCAAGAUGGUGCCAACCUCUGAUAAGGGACGUUUCUACGCUUUCGGACGUGUGUUCUCUGGAAAGGUCGCCACCGGAAUGAAGGCCCGCAUCCAGGGACCAAAUUACAUCCCAGGAAAGAAGGAGGACUUGUACGAGAAGACCAUCCAGCGUACCAUCCUCAUGAUGGGACGUUACAUUGAGCCAAUCGAGGAUAUUCCAUCCGGAAACAUCGCCGGUCUUGUCGGAGUCGAUCAAUACCUCGUCAAGGGAGGAACCAUCACCACUUUCAAGGAUGCCCACAACAUGCGUGUUAUGAAGUUCUCCGUGUCUCCAGUCGUGCGUGUCGCCGUCGAGGCCAAGAACCCAGCUGAUCUGCCGAAGUUGGUCGAAGGACUCAAGCGUCUGGCCAAGUCCGAUCCUAUGGUCCAGUGUAUCUUCGAAGAGUCGGGAGAGCACAUUAUCGCCGGAGCUGGAGAGCUUCACCUCGAGAUUUGCCUCAAGGAUUUGGAGGAGGACCACGCUUGCAUUCCACUCAAGAAGUCCGACCCAGUCGUCUCGUACCGUGAAACCGUUGAGACCGAGUCCAACCAGAUCUGCUUGUCCAAGUCGCCAAACAAGCACAACCGUCUUCACUGUACUGCUCUUCCAAUGCCAGACGGCCUUGCCGAUGAUAUUGAGGGAGGAACUGUCAACGCUCGUGAUGAGUUCAAGGCUCGCGCCAAGAUCCUAGCCGAGAAGUACGAAUACGAUGUCACCGAAGCUCGUAAGAUCUGGUGUUUCGGACCAGACGGAACUGGACCAAAUCUCUUGUUCGACGUCACCAAGGGAGUUCAAUACCUCAACGAAAUCAAGGAUUCCGUUGUCGCUGGAUUCCAAUGGGCCACCCGCGAGGGAGUGCUUUCCGACGAGAACAUGCGCGGAGUUCGCUUCAACAUCCACGACGUCACCCUCCACGCUGACGCUAUCCACAGAGGAGGUGGUCAGAUCAUCCCAACUGCCCGUCGUGUGUUCUACGCUUCGGUGCUCACCGCCGAGCCACGUCUUCUCGAGCCAGUUUACUUGGUCGAGAUUCAAUGCCCAGAGGCCGCCGUCGGAGGUAUGUUCAUUUAAUAUUGAACGUUAUUCAUUUUUUGUUUACAGGUAUCUACGGAGUGCUGAACAGAAGAAGAGGACACGUCUUCGAAGAGUCCCAGGUCACUGGAACCCCGAUGUUCGUUGUUAAGGCUUACUUGCCUGUCAACGAGUCCUUCGGAUUCACCGCUGAUCUCCGCUCCAACACCGGAGGACAAGCAUUCCCACAGUGCGUGUUCGAUCACUGGCAGGUGCUCCCAGGAAACCCGCUCGAGGCCGGAACCAAGCCAAACCAGAUCGUCUUGGACACCAGAAAGAGAAAGGGACUCAAGGACGGUAUCCCAGUCUUGGACAGCUAUCUCGACAAGAUGUAA